AUGUCAGGACUUAGCGAAGCUCGACCCAAACGAAGAACAAGCCCGAUUUCGGCUAUAGAAAGGCCGAAGAAACAGCUCAAACAAGAGAACGGAGUGCCUACACCCGGGGAUGUCACCCCGCAGAAUGGUUCGGUCUACGACAUCGAGGCUGACUCGAGCGCUGUACCUAUAAUAAAUGCUGCCUCUGCAGCGGGCGACUCCCCCGAGUGGCAGGCUACAAUAGAAAAGGUGAUAAAGAGUGUGGUUUCGAUACACUUCUGCCAGACAUGCUCGUUUGACACGGAUCUUUCCACGUCGAGUCAAGCAACGGGAUUCGUGGUGGACGCUGAGAAGGGAUAUAUAUUGACAAAUCGUCACGUUGUCUGUGCGGGACCUUUCUGGGGCUAUUGUGUAUUUGACAAUCACGAAGAAUGCGACGUGCGACCUGUCUAUCGCGACCCUGUCCACGAUUUCGGGAUUCUCCAGUUUGACCCCAAGGCUAUCAAGUACAUGCAAGUCCAGGCGCUGAAACUGCAGCCCGAGUCUGCCCGAGUCGGGGUCGAGGUCAGGGUUGUGGGAAACGACGCCGGAGAAAAACUGAGCAUCUUGUCUGGAGUCAUCAGUCGGUUAGACCGCAACGCUCCAGAAUACGGUGAAGGUUACAGUGACUUCAAUACAAACUACAUCCAAGCUGCCGCAGCAGCAACAGGUGGGAGUUCCGGCAGUCCUGUGGUCAAUUUGAGUGGCAACGCGGUUGCUCUGCAGGCAGGCGGCCGUGCGGACGGUGCUGCCACCGACUAUUUCUUGCCACUGGAUCGACCAUCACGAGCCUUGCAAUGUCUCCAACAGGGCAAACCAAUCACCCGAGGAACGAUUCAGACGCAAUGGAUGCUGAAGCCCUUCGACGAUUGCAGGAGAUUGGGAUUGACGCCCGACUGGGAAUCUGCGGUGCGCAAACACUUUCCGAAUGAGAACAGCAUGCUCGUGGCGGAGAUUGUACUGCCCGAAGGUCCUGCAGACGACAAGAUCCAAGAAGGGGACGUCUUAAUCAAGGUCAAUGGAGAACUGUUGACCUCCUUCGUCAAGCUUGAUGCCAUUCUCGACUCGAGCGUCGGAGGCAGGGUGGACCUUUUAAUCCAGCGAGGCGGAGAGGACCGUGAGGUCACACUGGACGUGCAUGAUUUGCAUGCAAUUACCCCGGAUCGAUUUGUCACCGUGGCUGGUGGUAGUUUCCACAAUUUGUCCUAUCAACAAGCGCGAUUGUAUGCCAUUGCUUGUAAAGGCUUGUACGUGUGCGAAGCGGCGGGCUCGUUCAAGAUGGACAACGCCCUUUCGGGAUGGAUCAUCGAUACAGUCGAUCAAAAGCCUACCCCGGAUCUCGAUACUUUCAUCGAAGUCAUGAGAACCAUUUCCGACCGUUCUCGAAUUGUCAUCUCAUAUCGACACAUCCGAGACCUCCAUACCCGGGCCACGAGCAUUGUGCAUAUCGACCGACAUUGGCAUCCGAAGAUGAGACUGGCUAUCAGAAACGACCAGACCGGUCUGUGGGAUUUUCAAGACUUAGGCAAACCACAACCCGCGGUCCUGCCAGAGCCCAAGUCGGCUGAUUUCAUUCAGCUUGACGGCGUCAAUCUGCCUGCAGCAGCAGAUAUUAUUCGUUCGUUUGUCAAAGUUUCGUGUUACAUGCCUGUCAAGAUCGACGGCUAUCCUCAAGCCCGGCGAACAGGGUUCGGCCUCGUGAUCGACGCCCAAAAAGGCUUGGUGGUGGUUUCUCGAGCAAUCGUGCCAUAUGACCUGUGUGAUAUCACCGUAACAGUGGCAGACUCGAUCCAGAUCCAGGGCAAUGUUGUGUUCCUUCACCCACUGACCAACUAUACGGUCAUCCAAUAUGACCCAAAGUUGGUAGAUGCGCCUGUGCAGUCAGCUAAGUUAUCUACGGAAAUGAUUAAGCAAGGCGCCGACACGAUCUUUGUUGGCUUCAAUCAGAACCACCGGGUGGUCGUUGCGAAGACCACUGUGACUGACAUCACCGCAGUCGGAAUCCCUGCAAACGCGGCUGCUCCUAGAUAUCGUGCCGUCAAUCUCGAUGCCAUCACUGUGGACACAGGCCUCUCAUCGCAGUGCUCAUCCGGCGUCCUUAUUGGUGCGGAUGGGGUUGUCCAAGCUUUGUGGCUCACAUAUAUGGGUGAGCGAAGUCAAGGCAGCCACCGAGACACGGAGUACCAUCUUGGUCUGGCUACCAGCAUGAUUAAUCCGGUGAUCGAUCAGAUCAAGGCUGGCAUCAUUCCAAAGCUCCGAAUAUUGAACAUGGAGUCAUACGUGGUGCAAAUGGCACAAUGUCGGAUCAUGGGUGUUUCGGAGGAAUGGAUCAAAAAGGUGGCCAAAGCAAAUCCUUCUCGCCAUCAGCUGUUCAUUGUUAGGAAGGUGGACUGUGGCCCAGCAAAUGGGGCCAACGACGGCCAACUGCUCCAGGAAGGAGACAUCAUUCUUACACUUAACGGUCAGCUCAUCACGCGCGUCUCCGAUUUCGACAUAAUGUACGAUAAGGAAUGGCUUGAUGCAUUGGUCGUCCGGAAGGGAGAGGAGAUACAUCUCCGAGUGCCCACAGUCCCGACCGAAGAUCUGGAGACAUCCCGCGCCGUGAUCUUUUGCGGAGCCGUCCUGCAGAAACCUCAUCAUGCGGUGCGGCAACAGAUCAGCAAACUUCACUCGGAAAUCUAUGUCAGCGCCCGAAGUCGGGGAUCACCAGCAUAUCAAUAUGGACUGGCCCCGACCAAUUUUGUCACUCAUGUCAAUGGGGUCAAAACGCUGGAUCUCGACUCAUUUGUCAAGGAAGUCGGCAAGAUCGAAGACAACACCUAUUUCCGGUUGAGGGCUAUGACAUUUGAUAAUGUGCCGUGGGUGGUGACAAUGAAGAAGAACGAGCACUAUUUCCCCAUGUCUGAAUAUGUGAAGGACGAGAAAAAGCCGACCGGAUGGCGGGUGAUCUCCUACAGCGCGAAAGGCCAGAAAUCUGGUAGCAAACAUGACGGAGCCCCGAUCACAGCCGAGGGCAUGGAUGAAGAAGUGGGCGGAAGUGAAGGGGAGGAGAUACCAGACACGUGA